AUGGCCGACGAAAUCACCAAGACCGGUGGCGCGGACAACGCCAACUGGAAGCGGGAUGUCGAGACUCUCGAGCAGGCCUCGCCGCAAUACCAGUCGCCCACUCUGGCGAACGCGAGGGCCAUGGACCCUGCGCAUCGCGCCAGGGUUGAGAAGUCCAUGAAGAGGAAGCUGGACGCUCGUUGCGCGCUCUUCAUCAUCCUCUACAUCAUGAACUACCUAGAUCGCAACAACAUUGCAGCCGCCCGCCUGCGAGGGUUACAGACCGAUCUGAUGCUCGACGACACGCAGUACUCCACCUGCUUGUCUAUCCUGUACGUGGGAUACAUUCUCAUGCAAGUUCCCUCCAACAUCUUGAUCAACCGGAUCUCACGGCCUUCCUGGUACAUCGCCGCCGCUAUGAUGGUGUGGGGAGUCAUCUCCACGCUCUCCGGUAUCACACACAACUUUACCGGCAUGGUCCUGACUCGAUUCUUCCUCGGGUUCAUUGAGGCGGCCUUCCUGCCCGGAGCCCUCAUGAUUCUCUCCAAGUGGUAUACCCGAAGAGAGUUGACUACCAGAAACGCCAUCCUCUUCUGCGGAAACCUGAUCUCGAACGCCUUCUCGGCGCUCAUCGGCGCCGGCGUCCUGUCCAACAUGCAGGGCGUUUUGGGCCACGCAGCGUGGCGCUGGCUCUUCUGGAUCGAAGGUGCCAUUACCAUGUUCUUCGCCAUCACGGCCGCUAUCAUCCUGCCCGAUCUGCCCAGCAACUCCCGCGGCUUCACCGCGGAGGAGCUCGAGGUUGCCCAGCUCCGUAUGCUGGAGGACGUGGGCGAGGCUGAUGAGGACUCCAAGGACCAGGGAGUCUUCUCCGGUUUCAACAUGGCCAUCAAGGACUCGAAGAUCUACGUCAUGAGCUUGACCUUCACGGCUUAUGUGGUCGGUCUAUCGUUCAACGCAUUCUUCCCUACGCUCACCGGAACCCUCGGGUUUGACUAUGUGCCCACUCUGCUCAUGUCUGCUCCCCCGUGGGUUUUCUCGUGUAUUGUGUCGGUCAUCAACGCGUGGCACGCCGAUCGCACUCAAGAGAAGUUCUGGCACAUCGUCGGCCCCAUUUGUGUUGGUCUUGUUGGCUUUGUCAUCAGCAUGUCUUCCCUAAACACAGCCGCUCGGUACAUUGCUCUGUUCUUGCAAGCAAGCUCAUACGCGGGUUUCAUCGUCUUCUACUCUUGGAUCUCUUCCAGUUUCCCUCGACCUCCUGCCAAGCGAGCCGUUGCCAUUGCCUUCAUCAACGCCUUCUCGCAGCUUGGUAACGUUGCUGGGUCGUAUGUCUGGAACCUCAAGGACAAUGGCUACAGAAAGUCUUAUGGUAUCGUCACCUCCAUGUUUGGCGUCACUAUUGUCGGAUGCUUCCUCUUCCGUAUCAUGUUGACGAGACUGAACAAGAAGCUUGAGGCAGGAGAGCAAGCCUGGGUUGCCCAGCCAGAUGUGACUGAGCACACUGCUAAGAUGGAGGGCAUGGAACAUCCUGAUGAGGCAUUGAAGAUGGUCAAGGGCUUCAGAUACCUCGUUUGGAGUGGAGAGGGAACCCCCCAAUCGGGCCCGUACAUCUUAGACGACACCGGAGAUCUCGUUUGGUCGGGUUUCGCCUAUAUCGCACCGACCACAGCCAAUUUCCAACCAGCCGUUUGGAAGGGGCAGGAUGUCCUGUUUGCGUACGAGGGCAUUCUGAACCGAUUCCGCGGUCAUGGACAUGGACAUCACAAGAUCCUGGACAAACACUACCAGACCAUCCGCGAGGUGCGGUCUGCGGGACACUAUUUGUCGGACAUGCACGAGUUCAACAUCGUGGACGGGAAGACAGUCCUCGUUGGCAGCUACACGCCCCGAGAAAUAGACCUGACAGCGUAUGGGGGAUCGGAGAAUCAAACUUGGGUCCUGGAGUACAUCUUGCAAGAAAUCGACAUCGAGACUGGUGAUCUCAUUUUUGAGUGGCACAGCCUUGACCAUACAUCUCCCAAAGGAUCGGGUGCAGGAUCAGGACAUAGCAGCUCAACUGCAUGGGACUAUAUCCACGUCAACUCGAUCGCCAAAGGCGAUGAUGGACAUUACAUCGCAUCUGCCCGUGCAGCAUCAACGGUCUACAAGAUCAACGGGACCGACGGAUCCAUCCUGUGGCGCCUCGGAGGCAAGACGUCCGACUUCGACUUAGGGCCAGGCGUCGAGUUUGCCUUCCAGCACCACGCGAGGUAUGUCCCAGGAGCACCCGACACCAUCUCUCUCUUCGACAACUCGGCAGGAGCCGGGUCCGCGGGCAAGAUCAUCCACUUGGAUUUCGACAAGUGGGAGGCUACAUUGAUACAGGCAUUCAAUCCACCUCAUCCUAUCCUGGCGUUUUCCCAGGGUUCGACACAAAUCCUCCCUAACGGGAACGCUCUCGUGAACUGGGGCUCUGCAAAUCAAGUCACAGAGUUCAGCAGUCAUGGCGAGGUGCUCUUCCAUGCAUUCCUCGAGAGCGGUACCCGCCAGGAUGAUACACAGAACUACCGGGCGUUCAAGGGUAACUGGACGGGCUUCUCUCCUGAAUCGCCGGCAUUGGUCGCUGAAGAGGACGCUGAAGGACGCACUGCGGUCUGGGUCAGCUGGAAUGGGGAUACGCGAACAACACACUGGCGGAUCCGGUGGUCGAGCGAGGAUGAGUCGUCCGUAAUGAGAUCAGGAAAAGUGAUCCCCCGGCAAGCCUUCGAGACUACACUGGAAUUGCCUGGAAAAGGGCCCUUCAGCGAUAUAGUCGCUGAGGCGCUCGAUGCCACGGGAAAUGUGAUUAUCGUCUCUGAAAGCGUUGAGCUGAGAAGAAAAUUCGCUACUUCGUCGACAUUGAAGCAAAGCAUUGAAAGUCAUCUAGACACACCUCCGCAGAUAUCUCUGGGCUUGGCUACAGAGUUGUAA